CGUAUAUCCCCUCUUUCUCCUGCCCUUCUGCCCUCCCAGCCCCGUUCCCCCCACUCCCUUCUGCCCCUUCUACCCGCGGCGCUGCAUCCCGCCCCUGGCCGACUCCCCCUGCCUCCACCCUCGGCCAUAGAAUAUCCACAUUAUUCACAUCCUUCUCGACUCCGCAUCUCUUUUUCCCAUCUAGCCAUCCCACACCCUCCCCUCCCCCCGCCCGGGUCCAUCCCCACCCCGCACCCCACUUGCUCGCCAGCUCACAUCCCCUCGCCCCCUCCGCGACCCAUUCGCCACUCCUUCACCAUGGACUCCGCUCUUUCCCCAAACACCGCCGCCCUCUUCAACUACCUCUCCUCAUCAUUCAACAAUGACCAGUCAAACAAUCCCACCUCUCUCCCCACCUCCGCCCUCUUCAACAACAUGCCCGUUCCCGGCAGAGACACCCCAGAGGACACCCCUCCUUUUGCCCCUUCAUCCUCAGAGCACCUAAGACGCGCCAGCGCAGAUGAAGAGUCCGACUCGACUCCAGACAGGCAAAACAGCAACGGAUUGAGUACGGGGGCUAAUGUGGGCAACAAACGCAAAGCGGGUCAGCACAGUCGAGUUGCCGAAGAAGACGAAGAGGAGGAAUCCGAGUCUGAUCUGCCGUCUGGACAUGAAGACAAGAGGCAGAAUGGAAAAGGCAGGACGGCGUCGGGUGCUUCGGGCUCGGGAAGGAGAGGAGGCCGCAAGUCUUUGACGACCGCGGAUGGCGAGGGGCGUAAAGAGCUCAGCAAGUCUGAGAGGCGAAAGGAGCAAAACAGGGCGGCUCAAAAGGCGUUCAGGGAGAGGCGUGAGGCAAAGGUCAAGGACCUUGAAGACAAGGUUGCCGAGCUCGAGGGUCAGGCCUAUGGCGCGCAGAUCGAAAACGAGAAUCUUCGUGGGAUCCUCAAGCGGCUGCAGGAAGAGAAUGUCGCUCUCAAGCAGUCGGCAUUCACCUUUUCCAUGCCCAUGAACACCCCGGCUAGCACCCACGCACCUCAGCCGCAGAACCCCAAGCCCCCUACACCUCCUCACACCAACACUGAAGACAGUCUUAAGAGUGUCAACGAUAUGCGUCCUCCCUCGCAUCGCAACUCUUCAGCUGCGUCCUUGUUCAAAGAUAGCCCAGAGUCUCUUGUGUCAAUCGGAAGCGGCACUGAUCAGACACCUCCCAAUCUCUUCCCAGACCAUUUCAACGCCUUUGCACUCGGCAAUGCUGGUGUUCUUCCCAAGGAUCCUAGCGUUCCCACCCUGCCGGCUCAGCAUCAGGCUGAGAAGAAGGUAUCCCCUCCUAGCUCCGUGUCUCCCGCGGGAGACUCUGAGUUUGCCGCUCUCUGGGCCAGUCUUUAUCCUAACGGUGUCGAGCCUGCUGUGAAUCAAAACAGUAGUGACGCGAAAGGUGGUCCAUUCCAGUUGCUCAAUUCGCAACCCGAGUUCAUGUCGUUCACCAACGCUGGCUUUGGAUUCAGUGACUACUUUCCCGACUCGGCAUCUGCCAUGGAGACAGAUCCAAUACCUCCGCCUGCACCAGCCGCGCCCACCCCAAACCUUGGUGCGACUGGCAGCGCGUCAGACUGGAACAAAUUUGCGUUCCGUGAUCCCUCUGCCGACGCCGCGGCGGCCAACUGGGAAAGCGGUGUCGACUCUAGUGUAUCUGAUUUCCUUGCUUCUCUUACUGGCUCGGACAAUGCGGCUCCACAAGAGCCCGUUGGUGACGACGACGCAUUCAAUGCGCAGAUGAGAAAGAUUUUCGGCGCCGACAACUCUCCCUCUGCGGCAUUCAACAUUGGUACGGGUAGCUCCACAUUCAGCCCCAACAACUAUCUCAACAUGUCGCCAUCACCUCUUAACCAAAAUUCCAACGGGGUUUCGCCCGAGUCGUCCGCUUCCCGGUCAAACACCGAUUCCGGCAACUCGCCGUUAUCGUCCAACACUAGUGUCUCUGGCGCUCAAAAGCCUUCGAGCGGUUCCGAAUCUGGGGACUGCCUGCCAGCCCAUCUUGGCACAUGUAUCGCACCUGGACCUUUCAAGAAGAGUCAUGAUAUUGUGCAUAUCAUUGAUGAGGAUGGACGGACAGUCAAGCCUUCCGAGCUGUGGAUCAAAUUGGGUAUGGAGUACGAGAACUCUAUGGACUCACUUCUCAUCGAUGAUCUUUGUGCUCAGAUGAGAUCCAAGGCGACGUGUAAAGACGGCAAAUUGCAGCUGAGUCUCAAGGAUGCCGAGGAAAAGUAUCGUUAUGAUUGGGUCAAGCAUCAAGAGGCGGGCAAGAAGGCGACACCGUAAAAAGAAUCAAAAUUUUAGUUGUUUUUUUGGGAAAGUAUUGUUCGUCUUUUCGUCCUUCUGUUUCAAUCAGUCUUUUGCCAUACAACAUCGUCUCCAUUCAUCUGUACAUCUAUGUACAUUAGAGAAGCAGUCUUCGUUUAUCUUAGUCACACACUUAUUGUAUAUUCCAAGCUAUAAAAUUCAUAUGCACACACCCAGAUAGAAUCCAUACGUAUGCAUUUGAAACCAGU